CAAACCAUUAAACAUGAUCAAGCUAUGCUUGACCCCAAAACCACAACAUAAAAAAAAAUGAAGCAACACCCCACUUGUGUGGAAGAAAUAUUUGUGCCCUUUCCACCCACUCCCCCUCUCCAAUAUAUAUAUAAUCUCUCCAAUUGGUUUCCUCACCAAUCUUGGCCUUCCUUCCUAACCCAAAACAAAAAAAAAAAAAAAACAAAAACAAAAAAAACCCACAAGCUCCAUUUUCUCUCUUCCAACACAAAAUCAAGGUGGGAAGAAAUUUAAUUAGUGAAACCAUGCAAGAGAAGAUCAUCAUGAAGGUGAAGAAAGGGUGGCUAGCGGUUCAAGUUGGUUUGGAAGAAGAAGGUUACAAUUCAUCGAGGAGAUUUCUGAUCCCAAUCUCCUACCUCUACCAUCCAUUGUUGAAGAAUCUUCUGGACAAGGCACAUGAAGUGUUUGGGUACCACGCCGCCGGCCCACUGAGGCUCCCUUGCUCGGUGGACGAUUUCCUCCACCUCCGGUGGGAGAUUGAGAGGGAACAGACGGCGGAUCACGGCCAUAGCCACCGCCGCCGCCGCCGCCACCACCAUCAUCAUCAUCUAACGACGGCGUUUUCGUUUCACUCUUGUUAACAAGAGUUUCUUGUUUCUAAGUAUAUGUAAUUUGAUAUAUCAUGUUGGGUUACUUACUGGACGCGGUUUUUAUGGUUCGAUAAGUCUCGUGUUCAAGCGGAAGUAAAACCUAGAUGAUUGGUAUCGGUCGGAAUUAUGAAUGUUUUUCAACAUCUUAAAUUAUCGGGAUAAUCUAGUUCCUGUUGACAACAACGAUAUCGAUUUCUCGGCAAUACAAAAUAAAACACGAGAUCCUAGAGAGUGAUAUUGAGUGGAAACUCGGAGUCAGAAGGGCAUAUACUCUGGUUGCGGUCCAGGUUUACUUUCGGAAACAAGUGUGCAUUGGUGAGACAUGUAAGGUUUGAUUCUCGCUAUAUUAGGUAUACGGGAAUAUGAUUCUGGUUUGAACGGUUUUACUUGAAUCAUAUUUUACGAUAUCGGAUUGUUGGGUAUGUUUGUUGUGGUUUGUGUGUUGAACUCCAAAUAAUCUUAGCCGGAGUCUCGUGGUGGAGGUUUGUUCUCGACCACAUUGUUUAUCAAGUCGAUCAUAAGAUUGGUCAUGAGACCAAAUUCGCAGGUUAUGUAUCCCUUAAAAUUAGUAUGUCAUGAACACAAUCUUAUGGAUUGGGUCAUCCCAAUCAUGGUUUAGUUUUCAGGUUAAACUAUAAAUGGAUAACCUUUUUUUUUUUUUUUACAUUCGUACUUCUUUGCUAUCGUCGUUUUUUAUGCUCAUGUGUUCCUGCUUAUGGAAUAUUCAAUGUCUUUUGUCAUAGUUACCAAUAAAAGACUUCAUAAAGCUCUGAUGGAUUAGCCUUUAAUACGUUUUUGCAGAAAGAGAAGUAGACUGCCUAAUUGACCUUAUAAUUGGCUUUGAUCUAAUGUGAUCAUCCUAAUUUGUGAUCAAUUUUGUAGUCUACCGUAAAUCCAAACCAAACUCCAAACAGCAUUAACUUGGGCUUUGAUAUUAGUCAUCGUUGCAAGCUCCUGUCUUUAUCGUUAUUAUAACUUAACUAAUCUUCACCUAUAAUUUGAAGUUUGAACUACAUUGAAAAGAGUUAGUUUCGUAUUCAUCCAGUCUAUUCAGUAGUAGAAGAAGAAAAUACCCAUCUUUCUACGUGUAAUUUCCAGAUCCAUUAAUCGAGCAAAAAAGAACACUACUAAUAGUCUAAUACACAUGAGAGGAUGAUGUGUUCUUGAGAUCGACCCCCUUAAUUAACCCAUUUGAAUUGAUAGAAUUACUGUAGAAAAUGCUGACUUUCACGCGAAAUUAAGAUAAGAAUUUCAU